GCUCCGAAUUUGACCUCAUAAUCAUGGCCGUCGCUCACGGACGUGAGGAAGUUAGGGCCGCCAUGAUGAAGCAGUUCUCGGAUUUGAUGCUUUUGACUUUGCGUGAAGUGGGACGUGCGUCCUGUUUUCGCUGUUUUGUACAAUUCCGAUCGAAUUAUAUUUAAUAUUUCUGAUAGUAUUUACACAGUGCAGCGUCUUUGUUACCAACGGUAGGCAGCGAAGCGACUGGCUCACUUUGAGCUGUAGAAUCUCAGUCUGAGUUUUGCACUUUCCUUUCGCUUAGGACUCAGGCUGACCUACCUACCUACGUCGUACCGUGAUAAUUAAUUUUGCCUCAGGAAAUCAUUCUUCGGUGUCGUGCACCACGUACGGAUAAGAAACUUCAAAACUCUUUGUUUUUGGUGAAAAGUUGAUUUUAAGCAGACUUAGUUUCAUGGGUGCUCACCGAAGCGAGGGCCGACGGGACUGGCUUCAGCAGGAUGCGCAGGAACAGCAGCUCUCCUAUAACCCCUGGAAUAUCAUGAUUAAGCACAGACAAGUGCAACGCAGGGGUCGGCGCUCACAGAUGAGCGUGAGUUACACAGACCCUGUGAUUUCCAUGGACCUUUUGCGAACUGUUCUGCAGCCAAACUUUAAUGAAGACAUAUUGGCUGUGUUCCGGAAGUACAUGAAGUUCUUUGAGAAAGCAGCUAGUAACGUGAAGGAGAACGUUGGUGAGGAGGUGCAAGCUGACCAGCUGAUCAGGGAGACCUGUCGCAACUGCCUGGAACAGGCAAAACUGCUGUUCUCUGAUGGUGAAAAAACAGUUGCAAGACCAGCUUUUGAACCUCCAGUCAAGCGUGCUCGCCACAUGGACGAUGACUCCAGCCAGAGAGGAAGUCCUGUUCCCCGGAAGAGAAAAGGUCGGCCCCCUGGGCCCGUCUCAUCGAAUGACCGAACAGCUUCCCACAGCAACCUGACCAAACCGAAAACAUCAGAGCCAAUAAAAAGAGAUGGUCCCAAGUGGGACCCUUCAAGGCUGUCUGAGAAGAGCACAUUUGUUCUGGGAUCAAGAGCAAAUAAAGCUCUGGGGAUGGGCGGAACCAGAGGGCGGAUUUAUAUCAAGCACGCGGACCUCUUCAAAUAUGCCGCUGAUCCGCAGGACAAGCACUGGCUGGCAGAAAGGCAACAUAUGAGGGCUACAGGUGGAAAAAUGGCAUACCUUCUGAUUGAAGAAGAUAUUCAGGAGCUGGCACGGAGUGAAGACUACAGGGACUGCCCAGAUGUCAGAAUGGAGGAGCUGAAGCCUUUCACUGUUCCACACUGGAUGAUCGAAAAGAUGCAAAAGGCAAUGGAAGCGCAGCGGUUUGAGAAGGAUUAGGAUGCAGCUACAAGGAAAGGAGAUAAGCUGAGAACCCCUAACCAUGUUAUCGAGGGGGAGGUGCAGUUGAGUCUUUACCAGCCAGUCUUCCACACAGCACUGUCAAAUGUCCCUGUGAAAGUCCUGAACAAGUGGCCAACUUAUAUACAUUAUGCCUGCACAGCAAACUGAAAUAUGUAUUUUUCCAUAUUUAAAUUUUAGGCACCUGUGGCACAUUGUAAUAUCUUACCAUGAAGUAUGUGCACAGUUUCUUUACCACAUCUGAGAAGUUAAAAAAAAAAAAAAAAAAAAGA